UGCAUAGCUAUCGGAAAGAUGCGUGAAUUUUGGUUACGUAAAAAGCAGAGUUUUUGUAUAAAAAGCUCUGCCAAAUGGAGAGGAGGAGUUAGUUUCAACAAAGCAACUAAAGCAAGGUAAAAUGAAAAGAUCCUCCGUUUUUGUCAGCUUAUGCGUGUGCUUUUUAGCCGCAGUCAACUCUCAAGUCAUUAUCAAUUCGCCCUGCCAAAAUGUGACCAUUGAGCAGAAUUUCGACCUUCCCAGGUACUUGGGCCGUUGGUACGAAUACAGACGUUUCUUCACUUUCUUCGAACUGAAUGGAAAGUGCGUGACCGCCACUUACUCGGACAACCUGAACGGUACCAUCGAAGUCAGAAACUACCAAGUUGAUUCUAACACCAAUGUGUCCGACGUCAUUGUUGGCUAUGCGAGCCAAAACAGCGACACCGAUGAGGGAAAAUUGAUUGUCACCUUCCCCACAGCUGGAUCAGACGGAGAUUAUUGGAUUCUUGACACCGACUAUGACAAAUACUCUGUCGUCUGGUCUUGCUCCACAUCCGGAGAUCAAUCCGUUCAAUUUUCGUGGAUUUUGACCCGCGAGAUCGAGCCGAGCGCAGCUACUCUUGCCGCCAUCGACAGCGUUGUCGCUGCCAACGGACUGGCCAGUGAAAAGUACCUCCCAGUUGACCAAAUUAACUGUCCCCCCAACCCAUAAAGAUCUCUGAUAAUUUAAUUACGACUUGAAUUCAAAAUAAAUUAU